ACUUCACCAUAAAAAAAGUUUACCAAAAAAAAUAAACGAGAAAGAGGCAAAAAGCAUCUACUUUGAGAAUGGAAACUGUUUCGUUUAAGCUUUUCUUAUUGGUUUCUCUACUUGUCACGGUUGUCCAAAAUGGAGUUAGCAUUCAAAAUAAUGAAGGUUUUCUCAACCAAAACUCUUGUACGCCGAAUCAACCAAGAUGCAGCGGCUGUGAAGGUGCUUGUGGUCGUGGUGAACGCGGUCCACCACCUCCUUGUUGUAAGAAGGAUGAUGAUUGUAAAAUGCAUUGUCCAGAAGGAGGUUAUUGCAGCAACAAUUGCGAAUGCGUUUGUAAAACGGUUAAAGUGAUAAAUUUUAAUAAUGUUCGUUGCCAAGCAGAUACUGAUUGCAACAUGAAAUGUUCAAAGCAAGGGUAUUGCAAAUUGGCAUUUUAAUAUGAAACUCUGGUUUGUACAAUUGCAUAUGAUGAAUGUUUUUUAUUACUUAA